CCCCACUGAUAGAGCCACACACAUCUCAUAGGAACCCUACAGAGACCCUCACAAACCCAGACAUCUACGGACGUCCCCAUAGACGUCCGCAGACUACCCAAACACUCUCACAGAGAUCCCGCAAAACCCCUUUAAAAGUGAGCCCUCUAGGCUCGUCCCCUCUGGGUCCAAUGCAGCCUCAUCUGGAAACCAGUGCUGUUGCCACGGAGACUCCUGGGCGUUCUGGUUGCCCUGGUGACGGAUCCCUCCUCUCCCGGCUGGGGUUCCAGAGGUUUCAGUCAAGCUCCUCCCUCAUCGGCCGCGGAACCCCUCGUCCCUUCCCCUCCCACCCUCCCCCAGAUCUGGCCAGAGUUCCUUUGCGAAUUUCUGCAGGUGUCCAACUUCCCUCCCCAAGUGGUAGACUUGAAGGCAAGGCCUCUCAUUACAUAACAACUGCAAGGCGAGUCUCAUCCAAGAGCCUUCCAUCCUCCCCUAACAUUUCCCCUUCCCAGCUUCAGACGAGAUCGUGACUUAAGGAAGGACUUGUAACAGCCAAGCCAAAGCCCAGAGAUGGAAGCAGACAAGGUCACAGAAGAGCCUCAUACCACCAUGGAAACAGAGGAGCGCUCCUCUUCAAAGGACCCUUCCGAGGACUCACAGGAGCCCCCUAUCCCUGAAACAGCCUUUGAGCCUUCCAUCUCUGAGACCCCUUUAGAGCCCCUUACCUCUGAAACCCUUUUGGAGCCUUCCAUCUCUGAGACUCCCUUAGAGCCCCACACCUCUGAAUCUCAUCUAGUUCCCUCCACUUCCCAGGCCCCUUUAGAGAACCAUGCCUCUGAAACUUCUUUGGAACCUUCCAUCUCUGAGACCUCUUUAGAGGCCCACACCUCUGAAUCUCAUCUGGUUCCAUCCACUUCCCAGGCCCCUUUAGAGGCCCACACCUCUGAAUCUCAUAUGCUUCCAUCCACUUCCCUGGCUCCUUUAGAGACCUACACCUCUGAAUCCCUUUUGGAGCCCUCCAUCUCUGAGACCCCUGUAGGAUACUCUGAGAUCCCUUUAGAAACCCUUAUCCCUGAGACCCUGUUGGAAACUCACAUCUUUAAGGUCCCAGAGAAACACCUUUCUUCUCCUACCUCAUCACAAGACUAUGUCGCUGUACCUUCCCCUGAUACUCUGAAGGAAGACCUCUCUAAGUAUUCUCCCAGUGAGGUCUCAUGGACAAGGAGGUCCAUCCAGAUCUCUGAGUCUGAGAUCCUUCAAAAGCACUCCCUUUCAAGCCCUUCAGCCCCGGUCCACCUGGACACAUCUGCAAAGGAAAAGGAAGAGGAAGGAGAAGACAAAGAGCAGGUGGAUGCCACUGACAGCACCGCACACACAGCUCAGCCUGGACAACAGCUGGGCAAGAAGAAGAAGAAAGGAGUUAGCUAUUACACAGUCCACCCAGUGGUGCCUGCCAAGCAAGCAGAGCUGGUGGAAGUGGCUAAGGCAAUGCCCAGAGAGAAGUUUGGUGCUCAGGUGAAUUAUCUUUUCCAAUGGGAGAAGAAUGCAGCCCUAAGUACCAUCCAGACAGGUCUCUACAUUGGCUGGCGCUGCCCCCAUUACCUAUGGGACUGUUUCCGGAUUGGAGAUGAGUCCAAAUGCUUUUGUGGACACUUGUUGAAAGAGCACCAGAUCAUCUCAGACAUAUCUGUGCCCUGCAACGUGGGCCAGUGUCGCUGCCUCAUGUUCUGCUUUAUCCCAUCACGCCCAGAGGAGGUGGGUGAGUUCUGGCUCAAAAGACGAGCUACCUUUGACCCCAAGGCCUGGAGGGCCCAAUGUCGCUGCAAACACAGCCAUGAAGACCAUGCAGCUGCUGGGUCCCAUCCCUGCAGGGUGAAAGGCUGUUGCUGCAACUGUUUUGAGUCUAAUUUCCUCUGUGCGGCCUGUGACCGGCGCUGGGAGGAACACGAGACUUUCUUUGAGACUGAGGAGACCCGGCGACGAGGAGGGAGGCCUCAUGGGACAGACAGUGUCAACACCUGGCGCAGGCCUCUUUGAACCUGGCUCAAAUCAGCAAUAAAAAGGAAGCCUCUGGAAUCUGGCCUGGUUCUGUAUGGGGCAAAUAGAUCCCAGCCCAGGGACAGACACCCUAGGACCUUAGAGUUGGCACCUAAUGAGGCCAAGAGAGAGCACCACACAGGAGACAGGCUGGAUCAAGCCACCUGCCUCCAUCAAACCCACAUUCAAGAUGCUAGCUCUGGCAUCAGAAGGACAGACUGGCUUCAAGCAAGCCAAGGAGGGAGGGGGUUUCCAGAAGGAUAGAGUGAUCACUGAUGUUAGAUGCAGGUGGGGACGCCAGUAAUAAAGACUGGAAGAUGUCCCCUGGAUUUUAUGAUUAGGUCUUUGGGCACUUCAGAUAAUGUGGUUUCAGUGGUGCAAUGGAGGCAGAAACCAAACAGCAGAGUUGGUUUAGGAAGCUUGGAUGAAAAGAGCAGGAGAGAAGUCAGACAAUAUCCAGAGGGAGAUGUGGAGUCAAGGAAGCAUUUUUUAGGAGGGAAAAAGGGGGAGGAACCAGUAGAGAAAAAGAUCUUGAAGGAUGCGGAAGAGAGAGAGAUGCCUGGUGAGACAUCCCAGAGAUGGAGGGAAGGAAUGACGUCAGGGCAGAGGUGAAGAGAUUUGCUCUGGACAGGAGAAGUACCACCCCCUAAGACCAAGAGGAAGGGAGAAAGAAAAUGAUGGGCCUCCAGGGAGCUGCAGGAAGCAGGAUCUUGUGGAAGUUCCCCUGUGAAGUAGGAGACAAGGUCAGCUGCUGGUCGUGAAGGAAAGGGGUAAGAGUGGGAAGUAGGAGACAGGAAGAGAGAGGAGAAGGUUUGGGAAGAGUAAUGUGGGGAAUCACAGAAAAACCUAAUCGGUGGGUAGUUGAGGAUUCGGGUACAUCUGGAAGCGGGAACCUAAAGAGGAAGAGAAACACAAUAGUUAGAUUGAUGGUUGAUGAUGGGAGGGUGUCAGGGAGGAUGAUCAGGAAAAGAAAGCAAAAAGAAGGCUUGAGAAUGUGGAGAGAGCUGGCCAUACAAAUGGAAAGAAAGUAAAGCCAGGAAGCAACUGUCAAAUUGAAAAAAAAGAACUAAGGAACAGAAGUCUCUAAUGAGGUCCAGCAUCCAACGUAGCAGUGGGGAUCAGCACUGGAGACGGCGGUCAGAACCUCCAGAGAGCUGCAGCUCGGAGAGCAGCUGCCAGGUAUCACAAAGGCAUGGAGUAAAGAACUGUGGCCAUGCAGCCGAAAUCGGUGACUGUGGCCAAAAUCAGUGAAUCACAGUUAUUUUUACGAGGAGUAGGAGAUUCUGGCACUAAUGGGCUCUGUGAUCCUAGGCAAGUCACUCUCCGGGCUUCAGUUUCUGGCUCUGUAAAAGAAUAAUCUCUGUGCUACCUGCUCUCCCUGAGAACCCAAAGAAAUAACCAGUUUCAAAGUGCUUUGUCAUCGUCUACCGUGCCCGGCCGGUUUCCUUCCCCUUCCUAGAUGCCAGCUCCUCUUAUCUCUUGAGCUUCUCCAGAGCAGCUCUGUGUGGUCUCAGAGGCACCACAGAGAACUGCAUGUAGCCUCUAGGGCACAGAAAAGGCCAGUCUACAUUUCCCCACAUUUGGGGAAGCUGUCUAUACUUCCAAAGGAAGGGAGGCAAUCUGGAUGGCUAGAACUCCUAGGGGGGAAAUCACAGGGUCAAAUGUCUGCCCUUUGGAGGGAAAAAGGACUUUCUAACAAUAAUAUGGCUAUAGCAAAGAUUGUUACUAUCUCUAGAAGUAAAGAGUUGCUCUUGACUGGUGAUAUGCAAUUAGCGCCAUAAUGACUGUUCAUUAAAACUAAUUCAAUAGUCAACAAUAAAAGAAUGGUUACUGUGAUAAACUCAUUCAAAUAAAUAAUAUGCAGAGGGUGCCUGAGUGGCUUAGUCAGCUGGGCAUCUACCUUGGGC